CGCCUCCCGUGGUGCGGCCCAAGGGAUUCGUGCCGGGCCUCCACUCGGGUGACGAGCUGGUCCUGCGUGUGGCCUCCUGUCUGGGCUGGCGGGCGCUGCUGGUGUGCUGGGCGGCCCCGGGGGCGCUGCGGGGGCUGACGCUGCACCUGCACUGCGGCGCCGUGGAGCAGCUGCAGGCGCUGGCGGCGGUGUGCAGGUUCGCGGACAGGUGCCAUCGCGCCACGGGUCGCCAGGUGGUGACGGGUCUGGCGUGCGACGGGGCGGCUGUGGACGUGGAGGAGGCGGCGAGGGGGCGGCGGGGAGGGCUGUGGGAGCUGGUCCUGCGCCGCACCUGUCUGUGCCUGGACCGACCCGAGUACGGCACCGUGUCGCUGCAGCUGGGGGGCAUGAGCCUGGAGGCGCAGCGGGCGGUGGCGGCGGUCAUGAUACAGGCGGUGUGGCGGGGCUACCUGGUGCGUCGCUCCAUGUACGCGGCGGCAGUGGAGGCGGCGGGCGGCAACCGCUGGCGGCGCUGCGUGGGGGUGGCUCGGCUGCUGCGGCGGCUGUCUGUGCUGCGCGCACUGGGGGCGGACCUGGAGAUCAGCCGGGCGCAGGGGGAGAUGGAGCGGACCUACCUGCGCAUGCUGUACGGACCCAACGCCGCAUGAAGCAAUGGAGAACCGCGGCUCCCGUGAUGUGCGGCGAGGUGGUGGGGUAGCGUGUAUGUGACCGACAUCUAAACAUCAAGAAUGCUGCUGCUGCUGCAGUCGCGAUGAGUGUGCAGGACUGACAUGGCUGAGUCAAGAC